AUGGCCACCCCCAAUGUUCUUACUUUUGACGCUGAGGGGAGGGCCAUUGACUUUGCCGUCUGGAUUGAAGACCUGCAGCUGUACUUACUGUGUGAUGCGAUAGAUGAGGUCUCUCUCUUGACUUUGUCUCUGGCGCUGUCCCUGCCCCACCUGCUGAUGCUGACUCUGCCGUUCGCUCCAAGUGGGCGACCCGCGAUGCUGCUGCACGUCUUGCUGUGCGUCGCCACCUCCCUUCCUCUGAGCGUGCCCACUUUAGUCAGUGCAAGACCGCUCAGGCCUUUGACACCCGCUACCGCGCUUGCCCUUCCUGCUGAGUUCCGCGCUGCGAACCCUCCUCCCAUGUACAUCACUCUCUACUUUCUCGUCACCCGUCUCCCUGAGUCCCUUCGUGUCGUUAGGGACCAGUUUCUCUCUGUCUGUCCCACCACUCUCCCUGUCGACCUCCUUGAGGAGUCCCUGCUAGCGGCUGAGAAGAGUAUUGUCGCUGUAGGGGCCUCUCGGGGUGACCCUCGCACCCCCAUCUUUGAGGGGUGUGGUCCUUUCCCCCUGCUGCCCUCUGUCGCCUCUGCCGCUGCGGCCGACCUCACUGGUUUUGAGUCGGUCGGCGCGGCGUCUGCCCCCAGCGGCAGACGCCGCUCUGGCAAGGGCAAGGGGGGCAAGGGAGCGGGUGGAGCUAGAGGGGGCGGUGGAGGAGGCGGUGGGGGUGGCGGGGGGAGUGGGGGUGGCGGUGGGGGUGGUGGCGGGAGUGGAGGUACUGGUGGCGGCGGUGGAGGCGGAGGUGGCGGUGGAGGUGGUAGCGGAGGAGGCGGUGGGAGCGGUGGGAGCGACGGUCCUGGUGGGGGAGGUGGAGGUGGAGACGGGGGUGGCGGUGGAGGCGGGGGGUGGCGGUGGAGGCGGGGGUCGGAGUGGCUCGUCCCAGCGGAGCAGCUCUGGGGGUGGUCAGCGCCAGCAGCAGCAGCAGCAGCAGCCGCAGCAGCAGCCACAACAGCAGCAGCGCUCUCGCACCGUCCCCGCCCCUCAGCAGCUCCGUGA